AUGGUGGUAAAAAAGGGCAAGAUCAACCUCAAGCGCCGUGAUGGGGGUGGACUUCCACCCCCAAAGCGUGCGCGACAGGGAAGUGUUGUCAAGAAUAAUGGACCAAAGAAAGUCCUAACUUUCCUCGAUCUCCCGGGCGAGCUACGCAAUGAGGUUUAUCGCCACACUCUCGUAAAGGGACGUAUCGUUAUCACCUCUCGUUCCGAGAAGCAACUCGAGACCUACGGCGACGUUAACACCCUUCCCCAUAACUUUCGUACCCAUUUUCGGAACAUGCCAACCUUGGCCAGACCGGUUCGAAAGAGAGCCGUGUGGAUAGCGGACCCGAUGACAACCCUCCGUUACGACCAGCGAAGCCGGAAUGGAGGUGGUGUGAAGCGGUAUCGUGCCAGCUAUGAAAUCGAUGAGGUAACAUCGAGCAUCAACAUCAGCCUACUUCUGGCGAACAAGCAAAUCUACCAUGAGGCAAUAGGGGUCUUCUUCGAGGAAAAUCUCUUCUCCUUUGAGGCUCGGUGGGAGGACAUGUGUUUUGCACCACUCACGUUCCUCAGCGAUCAACCGCGUGCUUUCGACUCGCUUCGCUCGUUGCACCUCGACAUGAACGCCCCACCACCGUUCACUUGUUGGGACUAUACGAAAGACCGCGCCGUGUUAGUGACAGUUCCUUCCAAUCAUUUUUGGAUGAUUCUCGUCAAGGAGUUGCAACGCCUGCCAUUGCGCCACUUUGGUCUCACGGUGCACGGAUCCGUGCCAGAAGGACUCGAAAUCAACUUUGAUUCUAUCGAACGGGACCUGCCAUGGGUGAAAGGCCUGUACAAGUUGGAAUCAAUACAGAGCUUACGCCUGGUCAUCCAAUGCUGGCCAUGGUAUGACAUCAAUUUCUCGAGGUCUGCCAUUCCGAGCACUGUAGCAUUCGUUGAGGGUAUCCAACGCAAGUUGCUCAAAGAUAAGAGUCCCGACAAAGACAAUGCCGCCCAGGUCUACAAGGCUUUGCAUAGGCAUGGCACCCAUGUUAUGGACAGCCACUUAGUCGUACGGUGUGGUAACGAUGCGGGUUCCUAUGGUUAUGAAUCUGGAUGUGGCAGCCCGCAUAAUGCGUGGGUCCAGAUCGAAGACUGGAAGGAACGCGUGGGUGAAAUAACUGACGAGUCUUUCUGGUAUGAUUGA